AUGGUCGGGCAUCUACCAAACACUCCAAUUUCUAACACUGCUCAUCCAAGUCACGGAUCUUCCAAAGGAACUGUAUUACAAUCAAGAAAUGGACCCGAUGACAAUAUUUACGCCGAUGAACGUACAUCGGGUCAGACACCAUCUGAUGAAACAAGGAGGAUCUUUGAGCUUCUUAGAUCCGGUGAAAUUGGAGCAGUUGAUGAAUUAGUGGAGAAGAAUGGCUUAAGUGUAUUAAGUGCAAGAGAUGAAUGGGGGUAUACUCCUGCCCACUGGGCAGCUUUGGAUGGAAACAUUGAAGUGAUGAGAUACUUAAUAGAAAGAAAUGGACCAGUUGAUCUUUCUUGUCUUGGAACACAAGGACCUAGGCCUAUACACUGGGCAUGCAGAAAAGGCCACAGUGCAAUAGUUCAAUUGUUGUUAAAGGCAGGAGUUGCUGUUAAUGCAGCUGACUUCAAAGGAUUAACACCUUUGAUGACAGCUUGCAUGUUUGGGAAAUUUGCGACAGCAGCAUUUUUGUUGGGAUCUGGUGCUUUGGGACACUUAACAGACAUAAAUGGUGAUACUGCUCUUCAUUGGGCAGCAUACAAAGGCCAUGCGGAAUUAAUAAGAUUACUUAUAUACAGUGGAGUAGAUUUACAGAAGCCGGAUUAUUUUGGAUCUACUCCAUUGCAUUUAGCGUGCCUUUCCGGCAAUGUUAGUUGUGUUAAAAUAUUAUGUGAAAAGAGUAAAAUUGAAUUGGAACCUCGUGAUAAGAACGGGAAAACACCAUUGCAAUUGGCAAAAAGCCACAGACAUUCGGAGAUCGUAAGGAUACUUCAAGCUGAACAAAAACGUCGAGCUAGAUGGAUUCCACCUAUCAACGAACUUUGGGCACUACUAUUUGGUGGAGCUGGAAACAGUAAAGGUCCUAUACUGCUCUUUAUGAUAUCUGUUUUACUAUGGGGGUAUCCAAUGUACUUACUGAAAUGUAUCCCACUAACAUGGAACCUUUUACGCGGCAGUCAUUAUUGUUUCAUCUAUUGGAACGUUGUGAUGUGGAUCUCUUGGAUUGUAGCAAAUAGAAGGGAUCCUGGCUAUGUACCACAGAACAGUGAAACCUACUAUAGGGCAAUUAAACAAAUUCCAUAUUUUGAUAAAUGGAAAAAAAGAAACGUAUUGUUAUCUCGGUUAUGUCACAGUUGUAGAUGUUUCAGGCCUUUGAGGGCAAAGCACUGUAGAAUCUGCAAUAGAUGUGUUACAUAUUUCGACCAUCAUUGUCCGUUUAUAUACAAUUGUGUUGGUUUAAGGAACAGGAUGUGGUUUUUCCUCUUUGUUAUGUGUGUGGCAAUAAAUUGUUCCUUUUCAAUUUACUUUGCUUGCUACUGCAUGGCAAUUGAAGGAAUUCAAUUAUUAUACGUAUUAGGUGUAUUAGAAGCUUUGGUCUUUUGUGGAUUAGGAUGGAUUUUAACAUGCACUUCGGUAUUGCAUGCAUGUAUGAAUUUAACCACAAAUGAAAUGUUUAAUUACAAACGAUAUUCAUAUUUAAGAGACAAGAAGGGCAGGUACUUAAAUCCAUUUAGUAGAGGUCCUGUCCUUAAUUUCAUUGAAUUCUUCCUCUGUCCACCGAAUCAUCAGGCAAACGACCCUCAAAGUUAUCACAUACUUUCGGAGGAUAUCAUGUGAAAUAUUGUAAAUUGUGAUCACUAUUUUACAGCGCCUUUGCACAUGUAGAAAAUGAAAAAAUGUUAUUAAUUAUACAAUUCAU